UUAAAUUGCUUUUCAUUUCCGUGCUGUGACAGUCUCUGAGAUCGGGGGGGAUUUAUGCAUUUUCACGAGUGACUUUCACUGCCAUGCUACGGUAAUUAUUUCAUAAUACGUCCUUCGCUGCAGGGCACGGGCUGGUUUGCACCAACCAACCGAGAUCAAGUUCCACUAGUUGACAACGCUGGGUGGAAAGAUGAAGCGCGCGCGUACAUAGGAUAUCCUAUGAGCAGGAGCAACAGAACUGCAGAAAACAGAAGAAGAAGAAGGAGAAGAGGAGGAAAGGGGGGGGGAUCGGAUUCUCGCAUCCGAGGAGGCAACUGGAGGAACAUUGAUCUCCGGUCGAUUUGGACGCACUGGCAAUUGAAAUAAAGAGACCUUGGGCAGAUCUAUACAUAAACUGGUAGGAGCCGCACCGCUGGCAGCAGACAGGGGUGGGGGGGGAUUCGUGCCUCUCUCUGAGCCGCUUCCUUCGUCAGUGCGCAUGGAUGAAAGUCACAGUUAAAAUGCAUGCGGCAAGUCCUGUCUGAUGUGGGAUUACCGCGUUUUUAUUCGCCCCUCUCGCCUCCCGACCAUGUUCCAACUUUGGUUUUGGCUCUUUUUCCGAGAUGACACUGCUAAUUUCAGUCGGCGCUGGGAGAGCACCGGAGCCCGUUUCGCCGCGCAGGCUGUCACAUCAUCGGCGUGAAUGAGAACGUUACCCGCGCUCGUCCAUGCCUGGUUUAUGGAGCUAAACACCGCGGAGACUUGACUUGAUUUUUUUUCUUUCCUCUUUCUUUUCUUUUCUUUUCCUCCUUUUUCUUUUAUUUUUUUAACCAUCCGGCUGAAGGGCGGACAGUGAAAUCACGAAAUCCAUGUUUUCACUGAGGCUGGGGGGAAAAGACCGGACACAGCCGUGAUUGUCAGCAUGUUUUGGCGUUUACCGGAAUCAGCACGAUGACACCUCAUACUGGUACUGCACUUGAGUGAGCUGGGGCAUCCUCUCCCAGGAAAAAUGCAUAUCUGGAUCCUAAAAAUAAUACUUCUGAUUGCAUCAUCUCUGAGGCUGGUUGAGAUGUAUGACAAUUAUGGGGAGAUCUGCCGAAACCUGUGCACGUGCGAGGAGAAGGAAGGGAUCCUGACGGUGAGCUGCGAGAACCGGGGGAUCAUCAGGCUGACGGAGAUCAGCCCUGUCCAGUACUCCAUGUACCACCUCCUGCUCACGGGGAACCUCCUGAAGAAGCUGUCGGUCGAUGAUUUCAUCAAUUACACCGGGGUGACCAUCCUGCACUUGGGGAACAAUGAUAUCUCUGAGAUAGAGUCGGGUGCCUUCAAUGGACUCCAGGGAUUAAAAAGGUUGCACCUGAAUAACAACAAGAUAGAAGUUCUGAGAGAUGAAACCUUUAAAGGACUUGAGAGCUUGGAAUACCUACAGAUUGAUUAUAAUUUCAUCACAAACAUAGAGUCCAACGCCCUGAGCAAACUACACCAACUAACAGUGAUGAUUCUGAACGACAACCUGCUCUCUGCCCUUCCUCCCAACAUCUUCCGGAAUGUCCCCCUUACGCACUUGGAUCUGAGAGGGAACCGCUUAAAAAUGUUCCCCUAUAUUGGCCUCCUAGAGCACAUGGACAAAGUUGUGGAAUUACAACUGGAGGAGAAUCCGUGGAAUUGCUCCUGCGAGCUCAUUGCUCUGAAGGCUUGGCUGGAGAGUAUAGCUUACACAGCUCUGGUGGGAGAAGUGGUGUGCGAGACGCCAUUCAGGCUCCAUGGAAGAGACCUGGAUGAGGUGUCAAAGCAGGAACUCUGCCCACGAAGACCCCUAGAAGACACAGUCAGGCCUGCGCCGCCUAGCAGCACUAAUGGAUACUAUCAGACCACACCAGCCGCUGUCCCAGCCUCUGCCACCUCCUCGGCUGUUUUAAGGUCUUCUUCCAGGCCUACCAAGGGCACACGGCAAUUGAACAGAACCAGGUUAAAGCCCACCUCCCGAAUACCAGGCGGCAAUCCAUACAACUAUGGCCCCAUCAUUGCUUUUCAGACCAAAUCUCCUGUGCCUUUGGACUGCCCCACUGCUUGCACAUGUAAUCUGCAGAUAUCUGAAAUUGGGUUAAAUGUCAACUGCCAAGAGAGAAAGAUUGAAAGCAUUUCUGACCUAAAACCCAAGCCAUACAAUCCUAAAAAAAUGUAUCUCACUGGAAAUUACAUCCCUGUGGUGCGGAGAUCAGAUUUUGUCGACGCCACUGGAUUGGAUUUGCUUCACCUGGGAAACAACAGGAUAACUCUGAUCCACGACCGGGCUUUUGGGGAUUUAACCAACCUGCGUAGGCUGUAUUUGAAUGGUAAUCUCAUGGACAGGCUCACAGGAGAAAUGUUUUUUGGUUUGCAGAACUUACAAUAUCUUUAUUUAGAGUACAACAAAAUCAAGGAGGUCGAUGCGGGCACUUUCCGCUAUCUCCCUAAUCUGCAGCUGCUUUUCCUGAACAACAACCUCCUGAAAACUUUACCUGUGGGCAUCUUUUCCAGCCUCUCCCUGUCUAGGCUUAAUCUGCGUAACAACCAUUUCCAAAACCUCCCCGUGAGUGGUGUUUUGGAUCAGCUCAAGCUGCUGUUGCAGAUAGAUCUGUUUGAGAACCCCUGGGAAUGCUCCUGCGACAUAGUGGGGAUGAAGAUAUGGCUCGAGCAGCUCAGUGCAGGCACUGUGGUUAAUGAGGUCGUGUGCAAGACGCCAAAACGCCACACAGGAAUGGACCUGCGUUCUGUCCCGUCAGAGCAGCUCUGCCCAGAUUACUCCGAAGCCUAUGUCUCGCCAACUCCACCUACGGAGGAGCCCAUGGACGAACACGUUGUCACCACAGGUGCUACUCGGAGGUUGGAACCCCCUGGCAGCACCGUCCCCCUCUCCGUCCUCAUCCUCAGCCUCCUGCUUGUUUUCAUCAUGUCUGUCUUUGUGGCUGCGGGGCUCUUUGUUGUGGUCAUGAAAAAGCGUAAAAAGUCACAGAGUGACCGUACUAGCACUAACAACUCCGACGUCAGCUCUUUUAACCUGCAGUACAGCCUCUACAGCAACCGCUCUGGACCUAAAGUUAAGGCCCCGGCUGGUCAUGUAUAUGAAUAUAUCCCCCAUCCAAUGGGCCAUAUGUGCAAAAAUCCCAUUUACAGGUCAAGGGAGGGGAACACAGUGGAGGAUUACCGUGACCUCCAUGAGCUCAAGGUCACAUACAGGAGUACCCCAGAUGAUGAGAGGGACAGUAGUACGAUGAGGAGCCCUUCAUACAGUGUUAGCACCAUCGAGCCACGUGAAAACCCUUCCCCUGUGCAGGAUGCAGACCAUUUCUUCAGAGGGAUCCUUGAACCCGAUAAGCAGUCACCCCACCAGUCCAUCCCGUCAAUCCCAGCAGGGGCCAAUUUAGAGUACAAGUAUACGGGUCCCGUGUCGUACACGUACAACCCAAAUUUUGAUGUCAGACGUCAGUUCUUGCACCCGGAGAGAAUAAGAGAAACAGUGCUCUAUGGCACAGCACCCAGUACUGUUUAUGUCGAGCCCAACAGGAAUGAGUAUUUGGAGCUAAAAGCUAAACUGCAGUCUGAGCCUGAUUACCUCGAAGUUCUUGAGAAACAGACCACCUUUAGCCAGUUCUGAGCAACAGAGUCGUGAGCAUAAUGAAGCAUUUUCUCUCUCGACCCUCCUUGAAACAGUGGCUCAGUUUCUAGGGUGCCUUGGCACAAAUACAAACAAGCGAAAGAGAAAGAGUUGAAACGGGGUGUGCCGAACAAUCUUAUUCUUAUUUCAGAAACAUGACAUUACAGGAAUGGAUACAGCUUUCUCGAGACAUGGAUGAACAAAAUUGCUUAACUGAUGAUGCAAAAUCUAUUUUUCUAUGGUGAAGAUUGAAUAACACACAAAAAUGUAAGUGUACAGGUAAAUCUUACCCAACUUCAUUUUCAGGAAUAUAACCAUACAUACGAUAUAUUGUGAAUCAGAAAAAGAAAUGUUUAUAAAAAUCACACCUGGACAUACAAGAAAAAACAAACAAACAACAAAAAAAAAAAACCCCAACACAUUGUACAGCAGAUCAUCAAAACUGUGUAGGACUAUUUUCUGCUGUAGUCUGUAAGUAAGUAUUUAUUGAUAUAAUCUGCCAUGUCUUUUCAAAACUUUUGAUUCUUCAUCAGUAUUACCUGUGUCAUCAUACUCCAUCAUCCUCCGGAAAAAGGCUUAUGUUUCUAGUUUCAUUUACUGUAGCUCUGCAUUGUAAAAGUGGCUUUUCUUUUUCCUUUUUCCUUUUUUGUUUUUCUUUUCUUUUGUUUCUCGGAAAGUGGCACACCCCAAUGUCCAAAACAGACUGCGUCAUUUGAAGAAGAUGAAAAAAAAAAAAGAAGAAGUGUCUUUGUAUGCUUUCUGCACUUUUUGGAAAUGGAAGGCAAGUUAGCCUUCAAUGAGCUCUCAUAAAGGAGAUUAUUAUAUUAAAAAUGAAUAUGGCUAUUCAUUCUUAAUAUGUAGGAUUGAUAUGUUAUCAAAACAAAAAUUCAUAAAUGAUAUUUGAAGUAUUAAUUAUGUUGUGUAAUACUGGCAUUUUAAUCAAUGUAACACCUAUUUUUAUACGAGCAUUGGCAAAUUCUCUAUCGAUUAUGGGUUUCUUUUGUUUUGAUUGCUUUGCACUUAUUGCACUAUAUUGACCAAACUAUGUUAUUGUCAUCAAAUAAACAUGAUGUCAGGUUCA